ACAGCUGAACCUUCCUUUAUUGCUAAAAGCGAAGACCUUUUGUUCAAGCACUUAUUUGAAGACUACGAAAAGUGGGUUCGCCCAGUGGAACGCUUGAACGAUACAAUCAGAGUGAAAUUUGGUCUGGCCAUUUCGCAGCUGGUUGACGUGAAUGAGAAAAACCAGUUGAUGACGACAAAUGUUUGGUUGAAGCAGGAAUGGGUUGAUGUGAAACUGAAGUGGGACCCUAAAGACUAUGCAGGAAUAACAUCUAUUCGUGUCCCUUCAGAUUCGAUAUGGAUUCCGGAUAUAGUUUUGUAUGACAACGCAGAUGGUCGUUUCGAAGGCACCACGACCAAGACCGUGGUGAAGCACGACGGCACUAUCGCUUGGACUCCGCCUGCCAAUUACAAAAGCUCUUGCACCAUCGAUGUGACUUAUUUCCCGUUUGACCUCCAGAACUGCUCCAUGAAAUUUGGCUCCUGGACAUACGACGGCUCCCAAGUGGAUAUCAUUCUUGUGGACGACGAGGUUGACAAGAGGGACUUUUUUGAUAACGGAGAAUGGGAGAUAGUAACAGCAACCGGGGUCAGGAGGAACAGGACAGAUGGAUGUUGCUGGUACCCGUUUAUCACGUAUUCCUUUAUAAUCAGGCGCUUGCCUCUUUUUUACACCCUCUUCCUCAUUGUCCCCUGCAUAGGCUUGUCUUUCUUAACCAUUCUCGUCUUCUACCUUCCGUCUUACGAAGGCGAGAAAAUCUCUCUGUGCACGUCAGUGCUGGUGUCCUUGACGGUCUUUCUGCUCGUCAUUGAAGAGAUCAUACCGUCAUCGUCUAAAGUUAUUCCCCUUAUCGGCGAGUACUUGGUGUUCACGAUGAUCUUUGUGACGUUAUCCAUCGUAAUAACGGUAUUCGCUAUUAACGUUCACCACCGAUCCUCGUCCACACACACCGCGAUGGCGCCCUGGGUCCGCAAGAUAUUUCUUCACCAGCUCCCCAAACUGCUUUGCAUGAGGAGCCAUGCGGACAGGUACUUUGCCCAGAAGGAGGAAGCCGACAAUCCGAAUGGAUCGGGGCCCUCUCGGACGACAUUGGAAGCAGCCUUGAAUUCUAUCCGCUACAUUACAAGGCACAUUGUAAAGGAGAACGCAGUGCGCGAGGUGGUCGAAGACUGGAAAUACAUAGCUCAGGUCCUUGACCGUGUGUUCUUAUGGACCUUUCUUCUGGUUUCCAUUAUUGGAUCUCUAGCACUGUUCAUUCCCGUGAUUCAUAAAUGGGCAAGCAUAAUAGUACCGGUCCAUUUUGGAAGCACAAAUACAUGA